UGCUGUCGGCGUGCGCCCUUGCCCCGCCCUGGUUAGUGUACAGCCUGCUGGCCAGGUCUGCGCAGUUGCCGCGCCGGGGGAAGAUGGUGGAGGACGGUACGGAGGAGCUGGAGGACCUGGUGCACUUCUCGGUGUCCGAGUUGCCUAGUCGCGGCUACGGCGUCAUGGAGGAGAUCCGGCGGCAGGGCAAGCUGUGCGACGUGACGCUGAAGAUCGGGGACCACAAAUUCAGUGCUCACCGGAUUGUCUUAGCCGCCUCGAUCCCGUACUUCCAUGCUAUGUUUACGAAUGACAUGAUGGAGUGCAAGCAGGAUGAGAUUGUAAUGCAAGGAAUGGACCCAAGUGCCCUGGAGGCUCUGAUCAACUUUGCCUACAACGGCAACCUUGCCAUUGACCAGCAAAAUGUCCAGUCAUUGCUGAUGGGGGCGAGCUUCCUGCAGCUGCAGAGCAUCAAAGACGCCUGUUGCACAUUCCUCCGAGAACGGCUUCACCCAAAAAAUUGCCUGGGUGUGCGCCAGUUUGCUGAGACAAUGAUGUGUGCUGUGCUGUAUGAUGCAGCCAAUAGCUUUAUCCACCAGCACUUUGUGGAGGUAUCCAUGUCCGAAGAGUUCCUGGCCCUGCCCUUGGAAGAUGUGCUUGAGCUAGUGUCUCGGGAUGAGCUGAAUGUAAAAUCAGAGGAGCAGGUCUUUGAAGCUGCAUUGGCCUGGGUCAGGUAUGACCAGGAGCAGAGGGGGCCCUGCCUGCCCGAGCUGCUGUCCAAUAUCCGCCUGCCCCUCUGCCGGCCCCAGUUCCUGUCAGACCGAGUGCAGCAGGAUGACCUGGUGCGUUGCUGCCACAAAUGCAGGGACCUGGUAGAUGAAGCAAAGGACUAUCAUCUCAUGCCAGAGCGCCGGCCCCACCUUCCGGCUUUCAGAACUCGGCCUCGCUGCUGCACGUCCAUCGCUGGGCUUAUCUACGCCGUGGGGGGCCUCAACUCAGCAGCAAAUUUUUAUGCAGGUGAUUCCCUGAAUGUGGUGGAAGUAUUCGACCCCAUCGCCAAUCGUUGGCAGAAGUGCCAUCCCAUGACAACAGCCCGCAGCCGCGUUGGUGUGGCUGUGGUGAACGGGCUUCUCUAUGCCAUUGGGGGAUAUGACGGCCAGCUACGGCUGAGCACUGUGGAGGCCUACAACCCAGAGACGGACACAUGGACCAGAGUGGGGAGCAUGAAUAGCAAGAGAAGUGCCAUGGGGACAGUCGUGUUGGAUGGGCAGAUCUAUGUCUGUGGGGGCUAUGAUGGCAACUCUUCCCUCAACUCUGUGGAGACCUACUCACCUGAGACGGACAAGUGGACGGUGGUGACCCCAAUGAGCUCCAAUCGCAGUGCUGCUGGGGUUACUGUCUUUGAGGGUAGGAUAUAUGUGUCAGGCGGCCACGACGGUUUGCAGAUCUUCAACAGUGUGGAGCACUACAACCACCACACGGCCACCUGGCAUGCAGCAGCCGGUAUGCUGAACAAGCGCUGCCGGCAUGGCGCUGCCUCCCUGGGAAGCAAGAUGUUUGUCUGUGGGGGCUAUGAUGGCUCUGGAUUCCUCAGCAUCGCCGAGAUGUACAGCUCUGUGGCAGACCAGUGGUGCCUGAUAGUGCCCAUGCUCACACGCCGGAGUCGGGUCUCCCUUGUGGCCAGCUGUGGGCGCCUAUAUGCCGUGGGGGGCUACGAUGGACAGUCAAACUUAAGCUCAGUGGAGAUGUAUGACCCAGAGACAGACCGCUGGACAUUUAUGGCCCCCAUGGCAUGCCAUGAGGGAGGGGUUGGUGUGGGUUGCAUCCCUCUCCUCACCAUCUAAAGCAGAGAGUAGGAUGUGGUGGGGCAGGGAUCUGGUACAAAUAUAGGCGCUUCCUUCCAGGAACAGUCCCUCUCAGGAGAGGCAGUGGACCAGAAGAUGGGGUGAGAUGUGAGCUUGCUGGAGGUACAGUUUUCCCAGGUGCUUAAAUCCUCCCUCACUGUGCUGCCCUUGUGACUUUCAGGCCUAGGUCAUCAAGAUGCACAGCACAGGACAGAAGCACGUCUGGGUCCCACAGCUGGUGACACAGAAUUACUUUGCUGGUCCACACGGACACAGACUCCAUCUAAGCCCAGCUCCCCACCACCACAGCUCUGUGGGCUGCCCAUUUGCAGAAGGCUUUCCAUCUAACACUCCUUCCGCCUGCUUGUUCUCCAGCCAUGUGGUGACCAGUUUGCCAUGGGGAGGCUACAGUGGUCAAGCAUGUUGGAAACUGUGGGAUAUAGCUGGGAAAGAAAGGAUGCACUCCAAGUGUCUUCCUGCCUGUGGUGAUGCAGCUACAGCAAAAUGCUGGUGGCACACAAGCACACUCCUUCCAUUGUAGGGCACAAAGGAUUUUGUCCUCAUCACUGGGUAAGCAGAGAGAACAGAUGUUUUUCCCAUGUCUAAUUUUGGGAUUUCAGUGAGGUCUUUUUCAUCUUGUCCAGGAGAAGCAAGAAAAAAAGAUACAUGAAAGAAGCUGAAGGAAAUUUAAACAAAGAAACACUUGAAACUGGAAAGAAAAAUACUUUUUUUAAGUGAACAUAGUUUGCAGAAAGAAGAAAGUGUAAAAAACAGCAAAUAUGUAUUUAAAUGGAAAACCGUCAAACAGGAGAAAGGCGGUAUCCACUCCCACAUUCGGAUGCCAGGGUCCUAAGGCUUCACAGAGCACUUGGGGUUCUAUCUGAGCCCCCAGCAUGUCUGGAAUCAGUGCACUCUCAACUGGUCCUGUAGCAGGGUGCUCAUGGGAUUUGUCUUUACACACAGCAUCAGAGGACUUUUUUAAUCAUAGGCUUAGUGAGUCGGCUGAAUUACUGCCACUCUUCUAGAUAGGAGCUCCUAGCAGUCACUGGAGGCUCCAGGUGCCCCCAGUGAUUACCUCCCACUGCCACUGUGGCGCUCAUUCAGAUGCCCUACUCCCACUUACAUUCCUUCUUUUUUUGACCAGCAGGAAAUAACAGAUCUGGCCAGAUUCCCACUUGCCCAUCUAUCAUUCUUGGAUAAUUUUCCUCACUGUCAUCCUUCUGGGGCACACUGACCAUUUGUACCUCUAGAACCUAACCAGGGCUUGCUCCUUCUACCAGCCAUGGGCUGCCUUGGUUUGGUAACCUUGUCUGCCCUGCCAUUCCACUGCUUCUCCAUCCACUUGCCAAUUCCAGGGGUCUGAUCUUUCUCCAGCCCUUGGCAGACCGACCAGCAAAGUGGACCUUUACAUUCAAGCAAAGCUGGUUUUAUGACAUUGAGCUGAAGGCUAAAAGAAUCUUGCUGCUGCAAAGAACAGAUUUUAUAUUUCUUCCUCUCAUCUUGGCAAAUGACCUCUUGAAGAGACUCUAGACUCCUUCCUCCUUCUCCCAGGAUGGGACCUUAAUGUAGCACAGCGGGACCCAAAGAGGAGGACAUUUUCUAUUACCAGUGCACUGGGCAGUGGGGCUGUCCUUCAACUGCUGCUGCCAAAAUCUGAUUUUUAAAAAUUCUAACAGAGACUAAAAGAGGAUAUAAUUCCUUUAACCUAAGACUGGGUUUUAGGGUCCCAGUCUCCACCUGGUUGGCUUCCUGUCCUUUGCUCCCUGCCUGGGGUGGCCUGGAAGCCUAUUCAGAAGGCACAGUGUGGAGCCUGGGGCAUCUCCCCCACCCUAGGACCGUCAGGCUUAGUAGUGUGUGCAAUCGCCAUGUAUUCAGAGGGAUGUACCUCUGUUACCUACAACUUAGGAGCUGGGCCUCUGCUAUAAGCACUUGAAAACAAUGUUUUUAUUUUAAAAGACUCAACAAUCUGGUAUCUGAUAUAAUUUAACCUGGGCUCAUGGUAGAGCUCCAGCAUUUCUCACUCCCUCCAGUUUGCCUACAGAGGUAGACUGGGAAAGAGGUUGGGGUCUGCAUUUCCUAUUUGAGAGGAGUGUAUCAGUGCUCAUCUUAUAAGCCCCUUUCUAUUGUGAAUUUGAAGUAGCACCUGAUGAGCCUGGAUUGUGAAGUUAUUAAGAAUCAGACAGUGGGCUACUGAGUGGGCUUACUGGGUCCUUAAGAUGCUGGCCCAGAUUUUGUCAUUGGGGAUGAUAGAUCAUUUUCCCAUGGUCUGCUGCUCUUGUAAUGGCCUUUCUGAGCCCACUCCCACCUCCUGGUGUAGAAGUUACAGUGCUGCACCUAAGGUCGGUGUUUCUAAGUAAGAGCAAACCAGUGCUUUCAUCUGGGCUCCGAGCACAAAUGAGCAAACACCAGCAUUUUCACACUCUCCCCAGUUGGUUUCUCAGUCUGAUGAUUGGGUGUUUGCAAGUGGCUGGUCUGGCUCUUUGGUGUUGAAGUCUUUCCAGUAGCACCAGGUAAAGAAGAGGCAUCACCCAAGGAUAUUGUGAAAAGGAUGUAACACAGAGUUAGGACACACAUUCUGCUCAGUGAGCCUUGGGGCCUAGCCCAACUCUGAGCAUAGCACUGUGGCAUUCACUGUCCUUGGGCAUUUCACCUUUUUGGAUAGAAUGUCUCUUCUGGAUUUCAUCAGACAUCACAGCCAGAUGGGAGCUGAACACCAGCCUCUUGACUUGACCAUAGAGAUGUGACUAUGUAGAAAUUCUGCCCCACCCCCUGAAAUUUAUUGAUUCCCAGAAUAUCUUAUUUUCUUUUAUUUAUAGAAUGCAUGUCUUUUGUGUUAAGAAACCAAAGAGAAAUAAAGUACACUCCUAAUA